AUGUCUACCUGUAGGCUCCUGGCGGCUCACCUUGGCCUUGGCAGGGCCUGGGUGUGCGGCCCGACGCUGCGUACUACUCAAUAUUCCUCAAGCGCGCUCUCAACGAAACGCCAGCCCCGUUCGAAUGGGCUCCAAGGAGCGCGCCUCUUGCACGGCAUCGCGCACUCGGCCCCGAUUCUUGCGCUCGACUACAGACUGGACGCGUACGCAAUUGCUCCCGAGUCCUCGACCGACGGCCGGCGGUCUCCUGGCGCUUCUGAGACUGCUAGGAAGGCGUCUUCAUCGCGGUUCGCGCCAUUGAUAUCGCCUCUGCGACAAAGCCGAAGUGCUUGCUCAUCCAGUCGACCAGCGCUGGGACCCUGUCUGCCUGGAGCUGGUCUACACACCGAGGCCUUGUCUGAAAUGGAAGAUGAGCUCAGGAGGCUCGCAAUCAAAUAA